AUGGAUAAUGUGGAUACGGAAGAUAACAAUCAGGUGAUAGGCCCCGUAGAUAAUGCUUGGGCAAUGAAAAUACCUAAGUUUACGCCUGAAGAUAACCCACAUGGUCUUUUAGAGGAAAGUAAAUUUGCUACUUUAUUUCCAAAAUACAGAGAGCAAUACUUAAAAGAAUGUUGGCCUCUUGUGGAGAAGGUUUUAAAAGAGCAUUAUAUAAUCGCUGAACUAGACCUCAUUGAAGGCAGCAUAACUGUGAAAACAACAAGAAAAACAUGGGACCCAUAUAUCAUCAUCAAAGCAAGAGAUUUAAUGAAGCUGCUUUCUCGUAGCGUUCCCUUUGAACAAGCAGUGCGAGUCCUUGAUGAUGAAAUAGGAUGUGAUAUCAUAAAAAUCAAUUCGUUUGUUCGUAAAAAGGAAACAUUUUUGAAGAGACGGCAGCGUUUAAUUGGGCCAAACGGAGUAACUUUGAAGUCUAUAGAACUUUUAACAGAGUGUUAUGUGUUAGUGCAAGGAAAUACAGUUUCAGCAGUUGGACCUUACAAAGGCCUAGUUCAAGUCAGGAGAAUUGUUGAAGACACAAUGAAAAAUAUACAUCCAAUGUAUAACAUUAAAAGUUUAAUGAUCAAAAGAGAAUUAAUGAAGGAUCCUCGACUGAAAAAUGAGAGUUGGGAUAGAUUUUUACCUACAUUUAAAAGUAAGAAUGUGCCAAGAAAACAACCCAAAAAGAAAGUUGAGAAGAAACCAUACACUCCAUUCCCACCGCCACAACAGGAAAGCAAAAUUGAUCGUGAACUUGCUACUGGAGAAUACUUCCUUAAAGAUGAACAGAAGAUGGCCAAGAAAAGGCAUCAAAAAGAAGAAAAACAAGCAGAAGCUAAGAGAGCCAAACAAGAACAACGACAGAAAGAUUUCAUUCCUCCAGAAGAGAAAACAAAUACUUACAAUGAGACUCCUGAAACUAGUGUUGAUCUUAAUUUGUUUAAAUCCAAAAUGAAAAAACUGUCAAAACAACAAAAAGGAGCUAGAGUAAAAAAGGACUAA